AUGGCUUAUGGGUAUGACCACCAAGGUCCGUCAAGUGCGCCGAAGCAGUUUGUGCUAUGUUUCGAUGGUACUGGAAACAAAUUCGCCGGCGACGAGUCAGAUAGCAAUGUGCUCAAGAUCUUUCGCAUGCUUGACCGCAGCAAAAGCCACCAGUAUCAUUACUACCAGCCGGGCAUUGGUACAUAUGUGACUACGAAGUCGCUGAGUAGUCAUGGUCGAAUUCAGCGUAUCAAGUCCGCUUAUCAAAAGGCCAAGGACUCGGCGGUCGGGUCUUCCUUUGACGAGCAUGUCAUGGGUGGGUACAAGUUCCUGAUGCGAUACUAUUCGCCUGGUGAUGAGAUCUUCUUCAUCGGAUUCAGUCGUGGUUCAUAUAUCGCGCGAUUCCUGGCGGAGAUGCUGGACUAUAUCGGUCUACUCGAAGCAGGAAACGAGGAGCUGGUCCGGUUCGCAUGGAAGACGUUCGCCAAAUGGCAGCAGCGAUCCUACGACUCGGAAGAAGACCGCAUAGAGAAGGAGAAGCUCUUCGCAUACAUGAAGGCCUUCCGUGAAACGUUCAGUCGCCCUAUCUCGCGUAUCCGUUUCAUGGGGCUCUUCGAUACCGUCAACAGUGUGCCGCGCUUCGAGUCCGCGUGGAUGCAGCGUACCAAGUUUCCUUACACAGCGCGCAGCUCGGCCAAGGUGAUUCGUCAUGCCGUGGGUAUUGACGAGCGCCGCGCGAAGUUCCGUCAAGAUCUGAUCUCGGAGGUGCGUCCAAAGGAGAAGAAACACCACCGCCGCCCCCAUAUCCCCAAGAACCAUCUACAUAUCUUCCACCAUGACAACAAAGAGAAGCCCCAGGAGGAUCUCCCGGGCAACGUCCCUGCUAUUCAGGUCAAUGGCAACCCCGAGGAAGAACAGCAGGAAGGAGAGAAAGCCGAGCCUGAAUCCAACAUUCCCAACCAUGGGCCCAGUACCGGAGAGACAUACUACCACACCGGGCGUCGUGCCUCGCACCAAGCUUCACAACCAACCUCCCGCGCCAGUAGCGAAAACAGGAGAGUGCCGCGCGACACGUAUCGCGCACGCUCUCCCCGACGCAGACUCGCAGUGCCGGACGAUUCCCGCUCAGUGCGAAGCGCAGAGUCCUGCCACAGCAUGCACUCCAACACCCUCUCGGUGCAAAUUCCCGUCAUGGAAGCCGAUUCAAGCGACGACGAAGACGAUCAAGACAUCCAUGAGGUCUGGUUCCCAGGCUGCCACGCAGACAUCGGCGGUGGAUGGAAGCUCUCAGACGGCGAGACAUGGGCGCUCAGCCACGCGCCGCUAGUGUGGAUGACGCAGGAAGCGCAAAAGGCCGGGCUCGAGCUGGAUGAACGCAAGAUGAAGCAGUUCCAGUGUCUGGAGGAGUUUGAUGGUGACUAUACUCCCAUCCGGGAAGAGAUCAAUAUCCGGCGGCCGAGUCGGUGCGUUGAGCCUCAUGCCAACAACGACGAUGCUUUCCGCUCCAUGCCUGAUGAUAAGGAGCGCUCCGCUGCCAGUCGCGAUUUCUGGCAUGCGCUGCAUACCUCCAGUACGAAGGGCCUGGUGCAUGACUGUCUGAUGUUCAACCAGGGUAUUCCUGCUAUGUCUGUUAUCACGUGGCGCAUUAUGGAAUGGUUGCCGUUCCGUCGUAUGGAUCUGCAGCCGGAUGGGUCAUGGAAGCCGAUUAGUUGGCCGUUGCCUCGUGGUGAAGUGCGGGAUGUUCCGGAUAACGCUGAGAUCCACGUUUCUGCUAUUCGGCGUAUGCAGGCGGAUCCCAAGUACCGUCCUGGUAAUGUGAUUGUUGGUGGUGGCGGUCGUGGUAUACGUGUCGCACCAGAGGAGCGUGGUAUGGGUGAUUGGGUGGUGUUCAAGCAUGAAGGUGAUUUGGUGCGGGAGACUUAUGUCCGCAAGAACAUCUCAAAGUGCAAGGAGGGCGAGGUAAAGACGAAACCUUGA